AUGUCAAAAUCUCUUGAAAAUAAUGAAUCCGGAGUUACCAAUGGGGACGUUGACUGGAUUUUCCGUGGCAAGAUAAAAAAAAAUAUGAAGGGUGCCACGGAUGAUGCUUCAAUUAAGGUGCCCAAGGCCCCAGUAAUCCCAUCACCUAACGAUUUGACAUCAAUUAAUCCCCCAGCCACUUCGGCCACUUCUAGCACGUCAGUACAGCUAUCCAAAGAAAACAGAGCUUCCGGAUCCAGGGCCCCCGCUGCUUCCACUCCAUCGCAAACCACCACCACAUCAAACACAACCCCUUCCGACCUCCACGCCUCAACUGCAAAUGGCAGACUCAAUGAUAAAUUCACCGCUAGCAAUAAUAAAGAACUUCAUUCAGGCACCAUCCCUUUGAAUUCCGGUUUUAAUAAGAGCUUGAAGACUAGGAGCCGCUCAUCAAGUCUUUCCUCUACCUUGACAAGAAGAUCCAUUGAUUCAAAUGACGCUAGGAGAAGGUUAUCCGUCAGCAGUGAGACCAGGUCUUUAUCAAGUAUCCCCCAAAAUGAAUUAGAAAAGAAACUAAGCGGAGCCAGUACUAGCUCAGGAAAUGGUUUGACCCGUACAUCAUCACAAACAUCAAGCGGUGGAAGUAAGAAAUCUUUAUUCAGUUCAAUCUCAUCGAAAUUCGGGAAAAAGAAGGCUAAUAGUGUCCCGCCACCUGUUCAUCCAAUAAAAACAGAGCUUGCUAAGCCAGCCGAAUCCAGUUUAGAAUCCAAAACAUCUGUCACUCCCAGCGCUGGCUCGGUAACCUCUUCUCCUGCCACUUUGUCUUCAGCGGCUUCAAUGACAUCACCGGUGCUCAAAGUCCCAUCGCCUAAAGUGGCCUCUCAAGAAUCUCCUGGUCUUGAUAACAAAAAACGUUUUGGAUCAUUGCGUGGUAAAGUUAGCGCCAGAAUUUCUAGUAAAUCAGUGCAACCCCCAGCGCCAACCGAAAGAGUUAUUUUGAAUAAGAACCCAAAUAAAGUGGAAAUUCCUAUUGAGCAACUCACCAACUUGAAAAUGAAGAGAGUCACCUUUGAUAUCAACUCCAUUAGAAAUGAUCCCCCUCAACAGAUUCCUUCAAGAAAGCCAAAGAAAGGUAAUGUGUUGAUUCCCGAAGAUCUUAUUGCCGAAACCCCUAGACUUUCGGUAGGCAUUGCAAACAGUGAAAAGAAAAUCUCGGAGAUUGAAACAAAGAAGGACUACAACCAAAAACAAUAUUUAUUGGCAUUAGAAAGCCAGAAGAGGGCCCUUGAGGAAGCCAAGAAACAUGCGCAAGAAGCCCACUCAUCAGCCAUUAGAAUUGCCAACGAAGUGGCCAACUACAAAAUUUCAAAAAAUGGGCAUCUUAUGCCAUCAAUGAAUCAAGUAGAGGAAGAUGCGCCGAUCUUAUUCCACACCGAAAAUGUUGAUAUUGAUAAACCAAUGCAUCAUCGUGAGCAUCACUUUGACGACGAUAAGCCACCGGAAGCGGAUGCAGAAAAUGAAGAUAAUUAUCUCUCUGUCCACGACGUGCCAUUAGACAUGUUAUACACGCGCUGUUGCCAUUUAAGAGAGAUCUUACCAAUCCCAGCUACUCUCAAACAAUUGAAAGGAAAAUCUAAACCAUUGCAUGUGUUGAAAUUCUUGAACCCCAAACCAACCUUGAUCGAUAUCUUAUCUUUUUCUGAUUUUAUUGCCAUCGCACCAAUUAACACCAUCAUUUUUGAUAAUGUGAUUCUUACCAAUGAAAUGAUCAAGGUAAUGUUAACAUCUCUAUCGAAUAACCAAAGUUUGGAAAAAUUGUCUCUUAAAAAUAUGAUGAUUGAUAGUGAAUCAUGGAAAUUUUUGUGCAAAUUUUUGUUGAAAAAUCAAAAGCUUUUGAAGUUGGAUUUAUCUCAGACCAAAUAUCGCUCAGACUUAUCUCCCGAAUAUUAUCGAUUCAAUAUGAAUUGGAAAUUAUUUGUCGACGUGCUUAAGAAGCGUGGCGGCAUUUCAGAAUUGAUCUUGACCGGAAUUGAUUUCAAACUUGAAGAUUUCCAAGAGUUAAUUGGAAGUGGUAUUGCCAUCAGCACCAAACGUUUGGGGUUGGCUUCGUCAAAUAUUUCUGCUACAAAAUGUGAAAUCAUUAGCCAAUGGUUAAACAAAGAAAACUCAUCUUGUGAAGGCAUUGACUUUGGAUUUAACGAUUUAAGUAAUAAGCAAUUGUCUAAAUUGAAGGUCAGUAAUCCAAAAUCCAAGUUGUUGUUUUUGUCAUUGAAUGCUACCAAUCUUUCAGAUGUGAAGGAGUUUUCAGUAUUCCUUAAAAAUUUGUCAGAAUUACCAAACUUGAGCUACUUGGAUUUAAGCUCCUUGCCAAACAUUAUUCCUUCAAGUAUUCCUUAUUUGAAACGUUAUUUGUCAAAAUUCCCCAAUCUUAAACGGAUUCACUUGGAUUAUAAUUACUUGUCUGCCAAAUCUUUGGCCGCUGUCCUUGAUAUUCUACAAAAUUGUCGGAAAUUGAUCCACGUUAGUUUGAUUGGCAAUGAAGUUCAAGGGGUCGGUGCCUCAUUAUACAGCUGCGUUAAAGGAUCGCGAUCGAUUUUCAAUCUUGAUAUUGACUAUGAUUCUAUUCCUGAAUUGAUCAGUUCACGUAUUGCGGUUCUAUUGAUGCGUAAUAUGGAAAUUAAUUUGCACGGUGAAGAAUCUAUUCCAUCUAAGGGUGAUGACUUGCAAGAUGAGUUGAUCUUUGAUGGUUCCUUGAUUGCCGAGUCUGCUGAAGCAUUUCUCAAUGCUAAAACUUCGGAAUACGAAGAUUACUCCAAUCGUUUGCUUAAGAAAUCCUUGGUCAAUAGAACCAAGGUUAUUAGGGAAGAAAUCCAUCAAACCAUUGAUGCAUUGUUUGAAAAGCGUAAUAACGGUGGUUUGACAACUGAAGAAAAGGAACGCUUGUUGCGUUUCUGUUUGCUUGACUCUGCUCUUGAGAAAAUUGUUCAUAUCUAUUUUGAAGGUACCGAAGAUGGUGGCCCACCGAAGAUUAGUCGUACAAAUACCACUAAUAGCAUUAUGACUGUAGCAACAGUCGAUGAUGACAAUCAAAAUACCUUUAUUGAUAGCCACAACUCCCCAUCCAGACUCAGAGGUGUCGCUAAUGAUGAAAAUAUUAACAUCGUUACCGGCAAGGAUAUCAUCAAUGAUAACUUUGAAGAAGAAUAUUUGCACAACCUUUCAAAGGAUCUUAUCAACACCAAUGAAACAAUUUCUCCAGAAUUGAAUCAAAUCCAGAGUUCCCAAAUCCAAUAUAUCAAUCCUCAGCAGGCCCAAAUCCCACUUAUUUCGCAAGUCGAAUUACCUCAUCAAUUGGCCAUUGAAAAAUCAACGGAUGGCCAAGAAAUUUCCGUUGAUACCACUACUGGGCGCCCAGUUUUGUUCCGUAAUGUUUCUCAAACUUCUAUCAAUGCUAAGAAACAAGAGGAAGAAGAAGGUGAAUUGCACAGAUGGGGGUACUUUGUUCAACAGCAAAAAAGAUUAUAUCCUGAUGAAACCUCUACUGCUCCAGCAUUGCCUCCCUCAUUGCAAGGCCAACAAAAUCGUCUUCAACCUCCACAAUCACCUAGCACAAAGCCAAACCUUCAACCUCAAGCAACACAAGCAAGCUCAUCAUCUACUACCUCCGCUACGUCCGAUUCUCGAAGUGUUUCAUUAAAGACAAAGGGCGCAAGUUCCAACUCCUCCUCUAGCACCAGUGUUGCUUCUGGCGCUAGUACUCCGACUAAUGUGACUCCAAGAUUACUCAGUUUGAUUUCUGGUGAACAACUUCGUAAAGCGGUGAUUAAGGCAAAGGGUAUUAAGUCCAUCAACGAAUUAAUUGACAAAGUGGAACAUGAUUCAUUCCAACUUCAUCACAUUUAUAAAGUUCCACCACCGGAAGCAUCAAUUACUGAAAAUCUGAUUGCGACGAGCAUUGCCAAUGCCGUAAGCGAUGCCCAAGCGCAAACCCAAACAAUUGAUCAGAAGCUUGAAGAUACAGGUAAACAAGUGGAACCAGAAUCCGUAACGAAUGGCGGCGAAGUUUUGAGUCAUGAAGUGGAUAAUGAUGAUGCAGAAAGUUUCCAUAGUAUUGAUUCUAUGGCCAACAGAGUGAACGACUUGUCAUUUGAUGAUGAGAAAGCGGUUGAUGAAACUUAUGACAAGUUGCUUAACGAUGUAGUUAGGGUUAGAUCAAAUAAGUGA